AUCAGAAAUGAAUCAGUGGUUGCCGUAGAUAUAAUUCUGUGUCAAGUCUUAAGUAGGUUCUAUUGUUACAUUCUCGCUAUUCACUUACAAAUAAACUGAUAGGCCGACAAAUAAGUGAAGCCUGCCUGAGCCCCCUGUAACAUGUCAGUCAGUUAGUAAACCUGAAACACUUUAUUUUUACCGUCCCCAUAGUUUCCUAAUCGUCUCCUAAAAGGGACUGAGAUGUAAGUGCAGUACGUUAGUAAGGUUCCUAGAAAUUAAAUGUGUAAUCUGGUACUGUUCAUGGGUAAAAUGGAAGAUCAUACUUUCAGUUUUUCCAAUUAGUAAGAAUUCAACUUGUUUUUAAUCAUCUGGUAAUAAACAGCUGCUAAUGAAGUCUACAUAAAUAUUUAGCUGCUGUAUUAUUUCUUUGUUCUGUCUAAGGAAACUGUAAAAGUUUCAUAGUUUCCCUUGUUCUGUCUUAAUAAAUCAAAAAAGGCCUGUCUGUAGUUUUUAAAGUGCUGGGGAGGGACUUUAAAUGGCUGCACUCUGUGUUUAUUUUAUCACCAAUUUUCACCAUUUAUCAUGGCAAGAAUCUGUAAAAACAGAAAUUAUGGUUGGAUCUUUAAAUUUCCGACAGUCCUUGAACACAUUAUGUGGGAUCAACACUUCCAUUCAGGGUAAAAACAAAACUAAACAUGUCCAAAUCAAACCUUGUUUCAUCAAAACCUGUUUUAUCUUUAUGUCACAUUAAACAUUUUGCCAAAAAUAAACCGUUUGCACAGAGUAACCAGCAGACACGACAAGAGUGAAAAACUGAGGCUUUUUUCAACUCCAGCAUUUUGUCUUUAACUUUCAAACAUCAACCAGUCAGUUUUUAAAAUUCAUUCAUUUUCUGUAACCACUUAUCCUAUUGGGGGUCACAAGGUGCUGGAGCCUAUCCCAGCUGACACUGGGUGAGAGGCAGGGUUCACCCUGGACAGGUCACCAGACUAUCACAGGGCUGACACAUAGAGACAGACAGACUGUGGGAGGAAGCUGGAGCACCUGGAGGAAACCAGCAAACUCCACACAGAGGGGCAACCCACCCCAGGUCGCCGCCAUCAUGAUGCCAGUUUUUAAAAUCUAUCAAUAAUUUAUGGUGGAGGGAGUAUCGUGCAUUUUUCACCCAGAUCACUCAGGAUGGCUCCAAGAAAAAUAUUUAUAGCUUUGGAUAGGAUAAAAAAACAGUUUAAAACAGUCCCUAAAUCAUUUAUUUAAAACUGCAUCACUUGUCAAAGGUGUGUAGUUGGUAGCGCAUGACCCGCCCUACUCUCCCUCUGAUUGGCUACUACUUGUUGUAUCUUUGGUUGGAUUGGUUAGAUUCAGGUAUUACAGUUUAAGAACGUCAAGGUAAGCCAAUCAGAGGAGGAGUAGGGCAACAUAGGGCGGGUCUUGCCUUCCACCAUCAAGUAUAAAAUAAUGUGCAUAACGGUUUUUCCUUACUUACAAAUGAAGAAGAAGAUGAUAUAUAGUCAAAGUCACACAGUCCCUGUCAGGCCAGAUCUGCACCUCAGGCCGACCACUGAGUCUGUGUUUUUUGGGAGGCCUCUGUCGAGAGCCAGAGGAAGGAGACAUGGCCAACAACUCUUUUCGUGGGUCCAAACAUGGCCGACGUGGCGAGGCCAACCACGAGGCAGAGUUCAGCUGCUCAUUGCAGGAGCUGCGCUCACUCAUGGAGUUACGAGGAGCAGAAGCAGUAACUAAGAUCAAGGACAGUUAUGGAGAUGUUAACGGACUGUGUGCCAGACUGAGAUCGUCACCGGUUGAAGGUUUAGAUGGAAACUCGGAGGACAUUGACAGAAGGAAAGAGGAGUUUGGACAGAACCUCAUCCCUCCUAAAAAGCCAAAAACCUUUGUGCAGUUAGUGUGGGAAGCCCUGCAGGAUGUGACGCUAAUCAUCCUGGAGGUGGCAGCGAUCAUUUCACUAGGCCUUUCUUUCUACAGCCCGCCCGAUGGUAACAGACAAAAUUGUGGCUCAGCAGCUGGCGGCGUGGAGGAUGAGGGUGAGGCGGAGACUGGAUGGAUCGAAGGCGCUGCCAUCCUGCUCUCGGUGGUCUGCGUGGUCCUGGUUACAGCCUUUAAUGACUGGAGCAAAGAGAAGCAGUUCCGCGGCCUCCAGAGCCGCAUAGAGCAGGAGCAGAAGUUCACCGUGGUCCGAGGGGGUCAGGUGACCCAGAUCAAAGUGUCAGAGAUCGUCGUCGGAGACAUCGCACAAGUUAAAUAUGGUGACCUCCUCCCUACUGACGGCAUCCUGAUUCAAGCAAAUGAUCUCAAGAUUGAUGAGAGCUCUCUGACUGGAGAGUCGGAUCAUGUCAAGAAGAGCGUUGACAAAGACCCCAUGUUGCUGUCAGGUACUCAUGUCAUGGAGGGCUCUGGCAAGAUGCUGGUUACAGCCGUAGGUGUCAACUCUCAGACUGGAAUCAUCUUCACGCUGCUUGGUGCCAGUGAGGAAGGCGACGGGGAGAAAAAGGACAAGAAGAGUAAAAAAGAUGAGAAAGGAAAGAAAGGCAAAAAGAAAGAGGAACCCACGGUGGAGAUGCAGCCGCUCAAUGAUGAUGGAGAACCAGAGAAGAAGAAAAACCUACCAAAGAAGGAGAAGUCGGUCCUCCAGGGGAAGCUGACCAAACUGGCUGUGCAGAUCGGCAAAGCAGGUCUGUUCAUGUCGACCCUCACCGUCAUCAUCCUCAUCACUCGCUUCCUGAUCGAUACCUUCUGGAUUCAGGGAGUCCCGUUUACCAAUGAGUGUCUGCCCAUCUAUGUGCAGUUCUUGGUGAAGUUCUUCAUCAUCGGUGUGACGGUGCUGGUGGUGGCGGUGCCUGAAGGUCUUCCUCUGGCUGUCACCAUCUCCCUGGCCUACUCCGUAAAGAAAAUGAUGAAGGACAACAACCUGGUCCGCCACCUGGACGCCUGUGAAACAAUGGGCAACGCCACGGCCAUCUGCUCCGACAAGACGGGCACCCUCACUAUGAACCGCAUGACCGUGGUGCAGGCCUACAUCUCAGGACGCUACUACAAAAAGUUGCCGCAACCAGAACAGAUCCCUGCCACUGUUAUGGACCUGCUAGUCCGGGGCAUCGGGGUCAACUGCGCCUAUACCAGCAAGGUUAUGCCUCCAGAGAAGGAGGGCGGACUGCCUCGCCAGGUUGGAAACAAGACGGAAUGUGCCUUACUGGGAUUCUCCCUCGACCUGCGCCGAGAUUACCAGACGAUUCGCAACGAAAUCCCAGAGGAGAAACUGUUUAAGGUCUACACCUUCAACUCUGUGAGGAAGUCCAUGAGCACCGUGCUAAAGAACCAUGAUGGCAGCUACCGAAUGUUCAGCAAGGGGGCCUCUGAGAUCCUGCUCAGGAAGUGCUGUAAGAUCCUGAUUGCCGACGGCCAGGCCAAAGCCUUCAAGCCUCGGGACCGAGACGACUUGGUGAAGAAGGUGAUUGAGCCGAUGGCGUCGGAGGGCCUAAGGACCAUCUGCCUCGCUUACAGAGACUUCCCCGCCUCUGAUGGAGAGCCUGACUGGGAAGACGAGGCCCACAUCCUCACCGGCCUCACCUGCAUCGGCGUAGUUGGCAUUGAGGACCCUGUGCGACCUGAGGUGCCAGACGCCAUCAGAAAGUGCCAGCGGGCCGGGAUCACUGUCCGCAUGGUGACUGGAGACAACAUCAACACUGCCCGAGCCAUCGCCAGCAAAUGUGGCAUCCUGCAACCUGGAGAUGACUUCCUCUGUAUGGAGGGCAAGGAGUUUAACCGCCGGAUCCGCAACGAGCUGGGAGAGAUUGAGCAGGAACGCAUCGAUAAGAUUUGGCCAAAGCUGAGAGUCCUCGCCAGAUCGUCUCCGACAGACAAGCACACUCUGGUCAAAGGUAUCAUCGACAGCACCGUGCUGGAGCAGAGGCAGGUUGUCGCGGUAACUGGAGACGGAACAAACGACGGCCCGGCCCUCAAGAAAGCAGACGUUGGCUUUGCCAUGGGCAUUGCAGGAACGGAUGUGGCAAAGGAAGCCUCUGACAUCAUCCUCACAGACGACAACUUCAGCAGUAUCGUGAAGGCUGUGAUGUGGGGCAGGAACGUGUACGACAGCAUCUCCAAGUUCCUGCAGUUCCAGCUGACAGUUAACAUCGUCGCCGUCAUUGUGGCGUUCACCGGAGCCUGUAUAACCCAGGACUCUCCUCUGAAAGCCGUCCAAAUGUUGUGGGUCAACCUCAUCAUGGAUACCUUCGCUUCACUGGCUCUUGCCACCGAGCCGCCAACCGAGUCGCUGCUGCUCAGGAACCCGUACGGUCGCAAAAAGCCGCUUAUUUCCCGCACCAUGAUGAAGAACAUCCUGGGACACGGCGUAUACCAGCUCACCAUAAUCUUCACCCUGCUCUUCUUAGGUGAGAAGCUGUUUGACAUCGACUGCGGCAGGAACGCCCCCCUCCACGCUCCGCCCUCUGAGCACUACACCAUCGUGUUCAACACGUUUGUCCUGAUGCAAAUCUUUAACGAGCUAAAUGCACGCAAGAUUCACGGCGAGAGGAACGUGUUUGAGGGCGUCUUCAAAAACCCCAUCUUCUGUUCCAUCAUCCUGGGAACCCUCCUCGUACAGAUCGUCAUCGUUCAGUUUGGCGGCAAACCGUUCAGCUGUGUGAGACUGACCAUUGAGCAGUGGCUGUGGUGUUUCUUCCUGGGUAUCGGCAGCCUCCUGUGGGGACAGCUGGUGUCCAGUGUUCCCACUAGCUGGCUCAAGUUCCUGAAGACGGCGGGUCACGGCACGCAGCAGGAGGAGAUCCCUGAGGAGGAGCUGGAGGAAAUGAAGGACCUGGACGAGAUAGACCACGCUGAGAUGGAGCUGAAGAGGGGCCAGGUGCUCUGGUGCCGCGGCCUCAACCGCAUCUCGACACAGAUUCGUGUUGUGAACGCCUUCAGAGACAGCGUGUCUCCCUACGAGGGUCUGGAGACGCCUGAGUCUCGCAGCUCCAUCCACAGCUUCAUGAGCCACCCUGAGUUCCGCAUCGAGGACUCGGUGCCUCAGAUCCCCCUGAUCGACGAGGUCGAUUGCGAGGACGACGCUCCAAUCAAACGAAACUCCCUUGUCCUGCCGCCGCCACUGACCGGGCUGUCCACCCUGCCGACUCUCCCGUCCUCACCCAAUCAGAACAACACCAUGGAACGCAUUGUCCAGCUGCCUGGUCUUGGUCCGCCCAACUCAGCGGGGCUGCCUCCGUGUCCCGGGAGCCCUCUGCACAGCCUAGAGACUUCACUCUGAAGCCCAGAGUUCUGGUUCUUCAAGAGAAUGAAAAAAAAACACUUAAAAAAAGACUCACCUGAUUGGUCCUCGUCAGGAGCUCACCUGCUGGGUUUUAGAAUCCAGGAAGCAGAAAUGUUUCCAGAUGUGUCUGUGGCUGUGUGCUGAGCGGCGGCAGGAAGUUCACACAGACUGAUGUUUCCUUCUUUAUUUUAAUAGACAUGGACUCUGCAGUUGUUUAGGAGAAGAGUGUUUGUGAGGUGAUCAAUAAUCUGUUUCCGAUGUGUAAAUAUUGAUGUUGGUGUUGAGACGUAGUCACAGCUCACGACGAGUUCAGGUUAAUUUGU